AAAAAAGUAUGGAUACGUGCGGAUGGAAAUGCAACACCCAUAGCAAACUUCUGCAGGUCUAUGCACUCACACAAAUUUAAAUUGGGAGGUUGCAUCAAGUAUUGGCAAUUGAAUAGUUUUAUUAGUCUGGCCGCUAGCGUAGGUAGCUGCAACGUAGACCGCAGAAUAAGAAAUGUGGACGCAAGCAGUGUCAUGAAGGAAUUGGUGGGGCCUUCGGUAAUUGCAUGA